AUGGACGAGCAAAAAUUACCCAUAACAGAGGGGCCGUCUGGUCAGACAGCCGCCCACUCCGAUCACCUGGCUCGGUACACCUCUGUUGUCCCUCCGUUGGCUCGCCAUUCCACGAAGGAAACUAUUCGGGACCCGAAUUUGGACGUCAACCUCCCUUACCGAACGCUAUCCAACGACGCCAACCUUUCCGAGUACAUUACAGAAACGAGGUCGGGGCAGAUACCCGGACCUCUCGAGCCAGAUGGCCAACAUCGCUACAAGCUUGUCACUUUUCUUCCUAACGACCCGGAGAACCCCAAGAACUGGUCCAAAGCUUACAAAUGGUACUGUACUAUGGUUGUGGCUAUCACCUGCUUCGUCGUGGCCUUUGCAUCCAGUGUUGUCACUCCCGACAUCGUGGGCGUAGCCGAGGAAUUCGGGGUCAGCGAGGAGGUUGCACUCCUUAGCAUCACCUUGUUCGUUGUGGGAUUCGGAAUCGGACCCAUGGUUUUCGCCCCUUUGUCUGAAGUUUACGGUAGACGGAUCAUCUACGGCACAACCCUCUUAGUCGCCGUUGUCUUCAUCAUUCCCGGCGCCGUGGCCAAGAACAUCGCUACCCUCCUCGUCGUCCGCGCCAUCGACGGCAUCGCAUUCUCUGCCCCCAUGACCCUAGUCGGCGGCACGAUGGCCGACCUGUGGAAGUCCGAGGAGAGAGGUAUUCCCAUGGCUGCUUUCUCGGCCGCUCCUUUUAUCGGCCCCGCUAUCGGACCGCUGGUUGGCGGCUACUUGUCCGACGCCGCCGGUUGGCGUUGGCUUUACUGGAUUCAGCUCAUUCUGGCCUUCAUCGUCUGGGUCCUGAUCACCUUCACUGUCCCCGAGACAUACGCCCCCACCAUUCUCUCCAGAAGAGCGAAGAAACUCCGGGAGCAGACCGGCGAGAAGGAAUACGUCACGGAAGAGGAUAUCGACAAGAGGCCAUUCGGUGAAAGGGUAGGCAUCUUCCUCAUCCGGCCUUUCCAACUCCUCUUCGGCGAGCUCAUCGUCUUCCUCAUCAGCCUUUACAUGUCCGUGCUGUACGGCUUGCUCUAUAUGUUUUUUGUGGCUUUCCCUAUCAUAUUCCAGGAAGGCAAGGGGUAUUCUGCCGGUACAACUGGCCUCAUGUUCAUCCCAUUGGCCGUAGGCGUAGUAUUAUCGGCCAUGUGCUCCCCCAUCGCCAACACCCAUUACCGAAAGCUUAUCUCGAAGCACCACGGUCUUCCGCCGCCGGAAUUACGACUCAUCCCAAUGAUGGCUUCCUGCUGGCUCAUCCCGAUCGGCCUGAUCAUCUUCGCCUGGACGUCGUACCCGCGCCUUAUAUGGGUGGGCCCGGCCCUCGGCGGCUUCCCCAUCGGCUUCGGCUUCAUCUUCCUAUACAACAGCGCGAAUAACUACCUCGUGGACGCGUACCAGCACCAGGCGGCGUCGGCACUCGCUGCCAAGACGUGCAUCCGGUCGUUCUGGGGCGCGGCCGUGGUACUCUUUACAAUCCAGAUGUACGGCCGGCUCGGAUACCAGUGGGCGAGCACACUGCUCGCAGGCAUCAGCCUGCUGUGUUGCGGCAUCCCGUUCCUAUUCUGGAAGUACGGCGAGCGCAUCCGCCAGCGCAGCCGGUUCGCGUACGCGGGCGAAGAUGACGACAAGGUCAAGGACGCGAGCGAUGAUACGGGUCCCGUCGUCAGGGAAGACGACUCGGAGGACCAGGACCUUCGGCGCGCGAGGAGCUACGUCAGCAAUCCCUAA